AUGCAACUACAAACCAUAACUCUAGGUAGGGCUCCAAGAUAUAAAAAGACGUUCUGUCACUAUGUUUUAAACGAUGUUGGUGGCAUGACCUUCAACCUAGGUACGGAGUCUGCCGAGUACCAGUACCUCCAACUGUCCAAUGUCCCCAACACCUCACUUGUUCAAUGUCCAAAUGUCCUUUCCCAUCCAAUCGUCGGAAUUAAGGACGAUCUCUUAGGGACCAAGGGACCCCGGGGGGGGGGCGCUUUGCAAAACCAUUACAAUUUAGGCCCUGAAAAACCGGCCAUGGGCAGGGGAAUCCAGCACCAGCACUGGACGACCACACUCACUGGCUACUCCCAACCGGGUAAUCCUGGACUGGCUCAGAAUGUUCACUUUGCUUUUUCCUUUCCUUUACGGGCUGGAAAAGCGGGGUUAUAUUUCGGGGGGAUGUCUGCUCGAACUCGGGAUCGGAAAAGCAUUGACCUUAUUGGUAUUACCACUCCUCCCAAUAGACGCCUUGACAAUAGCAAUAGUGCGAUGUUGGAUGCGAUCUUUCGACGGCGAGAUUAA